AUGGAUACGUCUACUCAAUAUAGCAUGCGUUGGGAUGAUUUUUCAUCCCAUUUUACCAGUGAAUUUGAGUCUUUACGUAAUGAUGAACAAUUUGUUGAUGUUACAUUAUGUUGUGAUGAUCGAUUUAUUAAAGCACAUAAAGUUAUUUUGUCUGCAUGCAGUCCUUAUUUUAAAAAAAUACUGAUGGUAAAUUUCACAUUUAAUUUGUUUUAUUUAAAUAACCUAGUUUUUAUAGAAUUAUAUUAUUUUGAAUUAUAUGUAUUAAUGUGUAUAGAUGAAUCCGUCAAAACAUGUUACAGUCAUUAUGCACAAUGUGGAAUAUGAGCUUAUGAAGACGUUAGUUGAUUUUAUGUAUUUGGGUGAAGUUCUCAUAAAUCAAAAUAACGUUGAGAGAUUUUUUAAAUUAGCUAAAACAUUCAACAUACAAGGAUUCCAAAAUGGUUUCAAUAAAAAUGAAGUUAGUUUUAAAUUCAAAAUAUUACAAUAUAUACAUAUAUAACUAUAUUUUACCAGACUAAACAGUUUUCAUUUUUAUAUUAAUACCUGCCUACCUUGUUUACAAUACUUUAUUCAUGACGUGUAUACCAGUGUGGUUAUAUAUUAUGUAUAUUUAGUUAAAAUUAAACACAAUAAAUAUAUCUUCACAAAGAUCAUGGUAUACUAUUAAAAAAAUAGAUCUCAAAACCAAACUCAAAAAUAGAUGAAAUUCUUUUUGUAUGAAUAUUAAAAUUGCAUGUUUCAAUAUUGCAUUAUAUUUUAUAAUACAAAUUUAUUAUAUAAUUUAUAGAAUUAUAAAUAUUAUUAAAUAAUAUUUGUUUUUUGGUUUUGUUGCUUGUAAUUUUAUGGACAAAACUUUAUUUUUCUGUAAAUCUGAAAUCUUAUUGAAUGUGCACAAUAACGUUUUAAAUAAUAUAUUACUUUAAAUUAAACUUCAAUUAUUUAUUUAAAACAAAUAACUGUGUGUUAAUAAAAUAUUUAUAUUGCAAUGUAUAUAAUAUAUACAGUGAAAUAUACUUUAACAGCCACUUCCAAAAAGCGGGUUUUUUUUUUGUGAGCUGGUACAUUUUCACUACUUAUUCAUUGAUAAACCUCUAUAUAACAGAUACUUAAAUGACAGUUAAACUAUUAAUUUUUAUUAAUUCUAUCUUAAACUAAGAAUAAUUAUAGAAUAUCUAGAUAAAUGUUUACACUCAAAGGUUAUAUUUGAUCACAUUUACUCGUAAUUAAACUUAUUUGUCCAGUUGUUGAAAUUUUAUCACAUAGGAGAAAUUUUGUUUUCUUAUUUAUGUUAUAUUUAAGUUGUCCUGUUUGUAUUUAGUUUUGUAUUUGAUUUAUUUUUUCCCUCUGAUAGUAGACAAUUUUUUAAUGACUAAUGGUGUCCAGUAUUUAGAGAUUUUACUGUAUAUACAUUAUAUACUUACACAUAUCUUCAGUAGCAAGGAAGGCUAAAUUAGAUUAUUUUUUCUGUAUGUAAUGCACAUUUUUAUAUAUUUUUUAAAAUAUAAAACUGAUUAGCAAUUUUUCUCUGGGCCAAAGAUAUACAAGAUUUAACUCAAAGAUCUGACAUUUGAGAUACCUUUUGUUUUGUUUAAUAUUUAAUAUUUUUUUUCUUGAAAUAAUUUUUAGUUUUGUACUAUGGUUUCUAUAUUUUAUUUUUAAACUAAAAAAUUGUUUCUCUGAACAUAUUUUUAAAGCAUAUUGUUGGUGUUAAAAAUAUUUACUAAUGAUAAAUCAAAAUUUCUACAAUUUUUUGAAGAUUACAAAUACAAAUAAAAUUAUUUUUCAUGGAAAAAUUAUUGAAUUAAUUCAUAUUAUUUUAAUAGUGGAAAUUAAAACAAUUUUAGUUAUUGUAAACAAAUUAUAGAAAAUGAUUCAUUUGUUUAUUUGUAACAAAAAUAAUAUUUUUAAAAUAAUUUUUGAAUUUUGUAACAAUUUUUUAGUUUUGAAAAAUAUAUAUAAAAUUGAGGAAUUACAGUGCAAAGCUCUUAUAAUCAUAACAAGAAAAAAAUAAUAGAAAUAAUUGUACAAAACAAAAGUUAUUUCUGGUGUUCAUUCCUUGUUUCAUAGUCUCUACGUAUAUAUAUAUGUAUUUUGUUAGCAAUAAAUAAUAAACAGUUAUAAAUUGUUCAAUAAUUAUGUUAAAAAAAAUAUGUAUUAAGUAAGAUUAAAACCUUAAAAAUGUUAAUUAUAUUUGUUAACUUUAAAACAUUAUUUAUUAUUUACAAAAAAUAAUAAAACAAUCUCUCUAGAAUUGUGUUAACAUAAUUUUAAGUGGGGGCUAAUGACCCUCCAAAAAUUGCUACUAUGGGUUUCAUUAUGGUUCCAACAAUUUUGACUACAGAGUGUUUAAAUUUAACAUAUUCAACAAAAUUGUUUCAGAAUUUAAUUUUGCCAUCCUUAUGCGAAAAUGUAGAUCAAGAUGUAUCAAAAUCGGAUGUUAUUGACUCAAUUAAUAAUCAUGAUGAUGGAUUAUUCGUUAAUCAACUUGAUCAACUUAAUCAACUUGUGAAUACUAAUGAUAUUAUUGUAUGUUCUAUUUAUUUAUUUUAUAUAAUUAACUAAAAUAAAUAUUUAAUUUAUUUGUAUACAUUUCAGAAACGUAGGAAAAUAGAAAUAAACUAUUGGCAACAAUCUUCUGAAAUAAAUCUAACAACACAACCUGAAAAACAGAGGGGCCAUUCUUUGGAUCCAAGGCCAUGUCCAGAAUGUGGACGUCAGUAUAGUAGUUUAUCUAAUUUACGACAACACAUUGAGUUAAUUCACAAGCCAGGUUGUGUAGUGUGCCCCAUAUGUGGUAAAACAUUUAAAAAUAAGCUUUAUCUGCGACGUCAUUUUAUUAGUUUUCAUGAAAUGAUGCCAUCCAAAAUACAAAAUACAUCUGACACUGGUACACCUUAUACUUCAAAUUCUUUACACUACCCAUCUGAUCAAAACCAACCAAGAUUACAAAUCAAAGAACAGUCUAAUAGUCAGCAGUUAAAUUCAACUUGUUUUGAUCAAAAUAUACAUCCUCGUUAA